UUGGUGUUCGGACGUGCCGCUCGACACCACGAGGUCCUUAUCACGCGGCUUGCCUAUAGACUAACAAAAACUGUUCGUGAACAAAAAAUAAACUAAACUGUAUUCAUUCAACUUAAUUGAUAUUCCGUUGUUUGUGAAUGAGUGAAUGAUUUUCAGUGGUCCGUGAUUUUGAGGUACCCAAUACAAUGCACUGAAAUCAAACCGAGAUGUCAGAAAAUGGUAUCACGUGAUAGAAGAAUAAUAGAAAAAGUGAUAAUAAACUCAUUUUAUUCGAUAGAUAUUUAAAGUGUUGUUAUUAAGUGAAAAUAUUUUAUUUUAUUACUGAUUUUAGUCACGUCGGAUAUAAUAGUUCAAUCAAUCAAUCAUGGAUCAUCAAAGACGCUUCCUUUUAUAUUUAUCAAUAUUAAUCGCAGUAUGGCUGAGAAUACCACUAACAUAUGCACAUAAUAUGAGUACUGAGGUCGGCUUACCACCUCAUUCGCCGCAAACACGAACGAACGUAACGACGUACGCAUGGAGCGCAUGGGGCGCGUGGAGCUCCUGCUCCCGGACCUGCGGGGGUGGAGUCGCCGUGCAGGAGAGACACUGUCUGCCAAGGGAUCCUACUAGAUGGCGACGCAGUAGGAAGAGAAGGAAGCUGGUUCGGAGCACGGAUAGGAUACGCCGAACUCGAAACGCGAGCGCUGCCAGCGUUCCUGAUUGUCCGGGGCUUGCGCGCCGCUACCACGAGUGUAACACUACUCCUUGUCCUGGCCCAGUCCGUGAUCCCCGGACUGAACAGUGCGCGGUGUACGAUCGCAGACCGUUCCGCGGGAGAUUUUACACUUGGGUACCCUAUGUGGACGGGAAUGCGCCGUGUAUACUCAACUGCCGGCCGCGCGGGCAACAAUUCUAUGCCUCAUUAGCAUUGGUCGCCGACGGCACUCCUUGUACCAAACCAGGAUUUCGCGCUAUAUGUGUACAAGGGUCUUGUAAGGUGGUGGGCCGCGAGAACGUGCUGGCAACGACGACUAAUCGCGACAUGCAGUGCGGUCGACGCCUCGUGUCCGGACUCUUCUCUCGGCCUCGCCUGCCCCUGGGGUACUCUUAUGUGACGACCAUCCCGCGCGGCGCCUGCAGACUCAACGUCUCAGAAAUCGUCACCAGCGAGAAUUACAUCGCACUAAGAGUAUCCAAUGGCUCAUACAUCAUGAAUGGCGAAUUUGCUGUCAGCGCUCCAGGCACUUAUGAGGCAGCUGGCGCACGAUUUAUUUACUCUAGAUCUGCUGGUCUGGACAAAAUAUUUGCGAUGGGACCUAUUCACCAUCCUGUUGAUAUUAUGGUCUUAUAUACGCAACCGAAUCCGAAUAUAAAAUACGAAUACCUUACGGAUUCAUUGUCAGAUGAAACCAGUAACGAUAUUCCAACUUCGAAUAUUGAACCUGAGCAAAAUCAUCAUCAGACUCAAAGGCAUCAUAGACACCACAACGCCGAAUCUCACACAAGAGCUUUAGAAAAAUCCGGUCCUUCACUGUCCAAGCAACCAGAAUUUAGCUCUAUUGAAAAUCAGUAUCAAUUAGACACUAACGUAAUCGGUGACAGGAAGUUUGUCUGGAAAAUUGUAUCAUACACGCAAUGUUCGAGAACUUGUGGAGGUGGUCUUCAAAUUGGAAAGUUUAAAUGUGUUGAGCUUGGUGGUAAAGAGGAUCGUGAAGUGUCCCCGGCUCAUUGUACUGGAACGCCACCUGCAUCUAGACGCAGACGGUGUGGAGUGGCUCCUUGCCCUCCUAGAUGGAGAGCUGCUGCUUGGGGACCAUGUCCAGUCUGUGGUCCAGCUCAUCGUACUAGAAUAGUUGGAUGUGUCCAAGACCAUGCUCGAGGUAUCACAAAGAUAAGUGACCAAAAGUGUCCUUUACCUAUGCCGCCAAGUGAAGAAGCUUGUGAAAUUCCAAACUGUGAUGGAAAACCUGCCUCAGAAGUCUCACCGAGACUUGAUGCAAGACGACAAGUUCGUCCAAAUGAUCGAGUUGACACCUUCCGCGAGGGACCUGUAAUAUCGCUUGCUUCUAAUGUAUCGGAUAAUGAAAUAAGUCUCACACAUGAACCCAAAUAUAGCUUCACCGCCGCUGGUGGUUGGCUUUAUACAGAAUGGUCUGAGUGCGUAGGCUGGUGUGUAGGAGGUGGAGUACAGUCACGAGGUGUUCGCUGUGCAGAACCUGACGGUUGUUCAGCUCACCGAGCUCCUCAUAUUUCUCAAUCAUGCUCCUUAAGGAAACAGUGUGACGCGCAAUGGUUUACUGGUGACUGGUCAGCAUGUUCAGCGGCUUGUGGUGGACGCCAGAUUAGAGGAGUGAUUUGUAUCGGUGGUAACGGCAGACGGCUUCGUGAUAACUUGUGCAAAACAACAAAACCUGAAUCAGAGAGAGCGUGUGGAGGAAAUUGUGCUCCUUCUUGGUAUCUCAGUGAUUGGGGGGAGUGCACCGGUCCAUGUGAAGCUGGUAUCCAAACGCGUACGGUAUGGUGCGUGCGGGGCGGGGAGGAAGGCGCGGGUGGUGCGGCUCGAGACGCAGACUGUGCGAGCGUGCGCCCGCCCGCGCGGCGCUCGUGCGUGCCCGCGCGCUGCACCACACGACCAGUCGUCAAGCCUGCCAUUAGUGUUGUGGCUACAGAUCCGCAGCAACGUGUGACGCGACACCAAAGCCAAAACACACAGAACGUUAGAGAACGCUCAUUUAGCAAAGGAGCAUGCGUGGACAAGCUCAGCAACUGCGCGCUGGCGGUGCAGGCACGCCUCUGCCACUACCACUAUUAUGGCGAUAACUGUUGCCAUUCUUGCCACGGUCGGUAAACGACAAACAACCACGGUAUCGUUAGAAGCAAAGGAGUUACGACUCAUAGUAUUGUGAUACAAAUGUUCUGAAUGUGAACAAAUGUACAAAUUAUCACGUAUAUGUCAAGCAUAUGUUCACUUUCAGUAAAUAAAUAAAAAUGUAAUUAACUACAUUGAAAAUAGCUUUUUAACUCAAAAAAUAUUACAUAUAAGUAGUAAACACAUAAGGCUAAUGAACUUUUUCCUCUAAUCAAUUAAAUAGUAAAAAAUAUAAUAUAUUUCAAUAUUUAAAACUAUUUUUAUCAAUAAUUAGAAGUUCAUUUGUAUUUCUAUUAAGUUAGGAAUUAAUUUUAUGAUCUCCAGAAUAUAGACGUAACAUGAUAUUCGUCUUUCGUGACAUUAAUCAUUUGCGAUAAUUUAUUAAAAAGAGAUAAUAUAAAUACAAGUUGUCGUAAAACUGAUGUCACAGAAGGCUAAUAUGAUUUCAAGAAAAUGUAAUACAUUAAAAUAUAUUCUAUAAUAUUAAAGCAUGUUAUCCUUUUAUCACAAUUGUAUAAGCUUUGCCUCUAUCACUUUACUGAGUUCCGAAAUAUAUUCAAUAUGAGAUUCAAAAAUGUAUUAUAAAAUAUAUUUAGUUAACCAUUCAAACUAUAUUAUAGAUUAGUCAUUAAAUUUAAUUUACGAGUUAGCUUAGGGUUUUAUAGUAUUCAUUAUUAAUUAAAAAAUAUGUUUCUAAAUAUAAUUAAGGAACAAUGACAUUGUGUUCAUUAUUUAUUGAUUCUGAUUGUGUGAACAAAGAAAUAGGCACUUAAGGCGGCGCCACACGUGAUUAAUUAGUAAGUGACAAUCAAAUGUCACGAAUGUUUUUUUUUUAAUUACAUGUGAAAUAAAAUAAUUAAGCAGAAUUCAAUAUAUACUAUGAUUGUAUAUAUAUAUAUAUAUAUAUAUAUAUAUAUUAUAAUUAAUUAAAAAUAUUUAAUUAAUUGUAUUUUUUUUGUUCAAAUUAAUUUAUCAACCGAUUGUCUACGCGUGGAGCUGAUCUUAAAGCAAAUUUCAUGUAAAUAUUUACAUUAUUUUGUAUAGCGCAUUUAUUUACCGGCUGUAAGUAUUUAUGUAUUAGGUAACAAACACAAUAACUUAUACCGUACCAUCACAAUUAUGUUUAUUAUUAAAUUGGUUUUACUAAUGUGACGGCAUUUCUACCUGUACUAAUAACGCGUAUAACAACGUACAAAAAUAUUAAGCUUUAAACACCGAA